AUGACUAACAACUUUCAAUUUUCUGCUAUCUUCCUCCUCCUCACUUCCUUCAUCAUCCAAGAAUCAAAUGCUGCUUCUUCUUAUUCGACCUUCGAUGUCAUCAAUUUCGGCGCAAAGCCGGACGGGCGGACCGAUUCCACGCAGCCAUUCCUUAGGGCAUGGUCAUUGGCAUGUAGCUCAAUAAGGCCGGCCAUCGUGAGCGUUCCACGAGGUAGCUUCCUUGUUACAUCAGUCGCUUUUAGCGGACCUUGCAAGAACAAGGUUACAUUAAACAUUGUUGGCACCAUUUUAGCCCCAAUGGAGUAUUGGAAACUUGGAAAUUCUGGGUAUUGGAUCUUAUUCUAUAAGGUCAAUAGACUUACCAUCAAUGGUGGUACUCUUGAUGCAAGAGGAGCUGCCUUCUGGGCUUGCCCUAAAACCCACAAGACCUGCCCGCCCGGAGCUCGGUCUAUAUCGUUCGUGAGGUGUGGCAAUCUUGUGGUGAGUGGAUUGAGAUCCAUCAACAGCCAAUUGUUUCACAUUGCAAUUGAUGAAUCCAAUGACAUUCUUCUCCAAAACCUGAGGAUUAUGGCACCAAGCUGGAGUCCCAACACAGAUGGUGUUCACACUCAAGCUUCAACCGGAAUCACAAUUCAGAGGAGUAUUAUAUCCACCGGAGACGAUUGCAUAUCCCUCGGUCCUGGCUCCCGGAACACUUGGAUUGAACGUAUAGCUUGUGGCCCUGGACAUGGAAUAAGUAUAGGUAGUUUGGGUUCAAGUCGAUAUGAAGAUGGUGUUGAGAAUGUAACAGUGAUCGGCUCGGUUUUCUCCCGAACCCAAAACGGGGUUCGGAUUAAAUCAUGGGCGAGACCAAGCAACGGGUUCGUGAGAGACAUUCAGUUUCGAAACCUCAUAAUGAAUUUCGUGGACAAUCCAAUAAUCAUUGAUCAAAAUUACUGUCCUCAUGGGAGCAAAACUUGUCCUAAUCAGAGUUCUGGAGUGAAGAUUAGAGGAGUUACAUACAAGAACAUAAAAGGAACAUCAGGCACAAAUGUGGCUAUAAAUUUGGGAUGCAGCUCUGCUAAUCCAUGCCAAGGGAUUAAAUUGCAAGACAUCAAGCUCACAUAUCGUUAUGGAGCACCGAGAUCAUACUGUGCAAACGCCCAUGGGACCAGCAGUGGAUUUGUCAUUCCCGCAAGUUGUUUAUCAAGAUAA